CUGCGGCGGUGCGGGGCGCGGGGCGGGGCGGGCGCGGGCGCGACGCGCGAUGCGCUGACGCCAUGCGCGCGCCGCGAUGCGCGCCCGCGCUGUGCCCGGCGCGGCGCGACUGCUGCUGCUGGCGCUGCUGCUGGCGAGCUGCGCCGGCAACCCGGACGCCAAGCGGCUGUACGACGACCUGCUCAGCAACUACAACAAGCUGGUGCGGCCCGUGCUCAACGUCAGCGACGCGCUCACCGUGCGCAUCAAGCUCAAGCUGAGCCAGCUCAUCGACGUGAAUUUAAAAAAUCAGAUCAUGACCACAAACUUAUGGGUGGAGCAGAGCUGGUACGACUACAAGCUGUCGUGGGAGCCGCGCGAGUACGGCGGCGUGGAGAUGCUGCACGUGCCGUCCGACCACAUCUGGCGGCCCGACAUCGUGCUCUACAACAACGCGGACGGCAACUUCGAGGUGACGCUGGCGACGAAAGCUACGCUGAACUACACGGGGCGCGUGGACUGGCGCCCGCCCGCCAUCUACAAGUCGUCCUGCGAGAUCGACGUCGAGUACUUCCCCUUCGACCAGCAGACCUGCAUCAUGAAGUUUGGCUCCUGGACUUACGAUGGAUUUCAGGUGGACUUGCGACACAUCGACGAGGCUCGCGGCACCAACGUGGUGGAGCUCGGCGUGGACCUCAGCGAGUUCUACACGUCCGUCGAGUGGGACAUCCUGGAGGUGCCUGCGGUUAGGAACGAAAAGUUCUACACGUGCUGCAACGAGCCGUACCUGGACAUCACAUUCAACAUCACCAUGCGGCGCAAGACGCUGUUCUACACCGUGAACCUCAUCAUCCCGUGCAUGGGCAUCUCGUUCCUCACGGUGCUGGUGUUCUACCUGCCCUCCGACAGCGGCGAGAAGGUGUCGCUGUCCAUCUCCAUCCUGCUGUCGCUCACCGUGUUCUUCCUGCUGCUGGCCGAGAUCAUCCCGCCCACGUCGCUGGUGGUGCCGCUGCUCGGCAAGUUCGUGCUCUUCACCAUGAUCCUCGAUACGUUCAGCAUCUGCGUGACGGUGGUGGUGCUCAACGUGCACUUCCGCUCGCCGCAGACGCACACCAUGGCGCCGUGGGUGCGGCGCGUGUUCAUCCACGUGCUGCCGCGCCUGCUCGUCAUGCGCCGGCCGCACUACCGCCUCGACCCGCACCGCAGCCGCUUCGCAGGCCUGGUGACGAGCGAGGGCUGGUCGCCGUGCGCGGCGGUGGCGCCGGGCGCGGACGGGGAGCGGUCGCCUUCGCCGGGCACGUGCCGCGUGCACGACGCACCGGCGCUGUGCGAUGCGCUGCGGCGCUGGCACCGCUGCCCCGAGCUGCACAAGGCCAUCGACGGCAUCAACUACAUCGCCGACCAGACGCGCAAGGAGGAGGAGUCCACCAGGGUGAAGGAGGACUGGAAGUACGUGGCCAUGGUGUUAGACCGGCUCUUCCUGUGGAUCUUCACGCUGGCCGUGCUGGUGGGCUCGGCCGGCAUCAUCCUGCAGGCGCCCACGCUGUACGACGAGCGGGCGCCCAUCGACGUUCGUCUUUCCGAGAUCGCGUACGCUGCCGCCAAGCCGCGCCCGCCGCCACCGCGGUAGCUCCCGAGCGAUGCGCCCACGCGCCCACAACUGCCGCCGUGCGCCCACGCGCCCACAUCGCCGUGCGCCCACGCGCCCACAUCUGCCGCCGUGCGCUGACGCUGUGCGUCCACGCGCAAUAACGCGGCGUAACUAAUGCCCGCAAGCAAGACACUAAUAUUAUUGUAAAUAAAAUUAUAUUAUAUAAAUAGUUUAUACGACGAAAUAACGUGAUCGAAGAUAAGUCGAAUUUCUUUUGAUAGAGACGAAAUAAACUCGUUUGUUUACAA